GUAGUCUACCUGCGUUUCUAUUUUGCUCAUGAACACUUUUAGUGACGUUGCAGCAAGUGUGCGCGUUCUCGUGGAGCUUUUCCGGUGGCGUUUCCUGUGUUUGUAAACUGACUUGAGUGGGAAUAAAAGAGCGAAAUAGAGCAGAACUAAGAAAAGACAUUGCUGCCCCAUGGUAGAGUCCGCUGAGACUUGCGUGACACUUGGUCCAAACUGACGUCUCAUCUGCACAUCACGUCUCUCAACCGCUGUCCUCCACCAUGUCACACAUACCCGGCAGCUCGGUCCGGGACCACAUGAAAUGGGCAGGGCUGUUGGGAUGUGAAGCGGUGCUGUCCAGCAUGGCUCUGAUGCAGGCCAGCUCUAUCGCCGCUCCUAAGAAAAUGAUGUCGCCCUUGGGUCCGGCUUCAGGCCACGGUUCAGCUCAGAGGGAUGCUCCGGACCGUGGGACGCACGGACACAUGGUCUUACCAACGAGCAUGACCUGCCCUCCACUGCUUCUGCGGAAGGAGGCUGAUUUUACAGCUUCCCGACUGCUGGAUGAGAAAGAAGUGAGACCCGAUGAAGACAUGCAGCUGAAGAAAAAGAACAGGAAGUCAGGAACACCCUCAAAAGUGAGAGAGCAGGAGGGGCAAGCGGGGAAGGCGGUUGUGGAUGAAAAUGGAAAUUGUCCACUUUCAAAAGUGCAGAAGAACUUUAUCUGUGAUCACUGUUACGGAGCGUUCAGGAGCGGAUACCACCUGAAGAGACACAUUCUCAUUCACACUGGAGAAAAGCCGUUUGCUUGUGCUGUGUGUGACAUGAGAUUUAUUCAGCGUUACCACUUGGAGCGACACAGCCUCACUCACACUGGAGUGAAGCAGUUUGCUUGUUCCAUGUGUGACAUGCGGUUUUUCCAACGCUACCACUUGGAGAGGCACAGCCUCACUCAUACGGGGGUCAAACCAUAUGCUUGCACCAUGUGUGACAUGAGAUUUUUCCAAAGAUACCACCUUCAGCGACACAGCCUCAUUCAUACGGGGGUGAAGCCGUAUGCUUGCUCCAUGUGUGACAGGCGUUUUUUCCAACGUUACCACCUGCAGAGACACAGCCUCACACAUACGGGAGUGAAGCCGUAUGCUUGUUCCAUGUGUGACAUGAGGUUUUUUCAGCGUUACCACCUGCAGAGACACAGCCUCACCCAUACGGGGGUGAAGCCAUUUGCUUGCUCAAUGUGUGACAUGAGGUUUUUCCAACGCUACCACCUCCAGAGACACACCAUCACCCAUACGGGGGUGAAGCCGUAUGCUUGUUCCAUGUGUGACAUGCGUUUUUUCCACCGUUACCAUCUUCAGAGACACAGCCUCACUCAUACGGGGGUGAAGCCUUAUGCUUGCACCAUGUGCGACAUGCGUUUUUUCCAGCGUUACCAUCUACAGAGACACAGCCUUACCCAUACGGGAGUGAAGCCGUAUGCUUGCUCGAUGUGUGACAUGAGGUUUUUUCAGCGUUACCACCUGCAGAGACACAGCCUCACUCAUACGGGGGUGAAGCCGUAUGCUUGUUCGAUGUGCGACAUGCGGUUUUUCCAACGUUACCACUUGGAAAGACACAGCCUCACUCAUACUGGAGAGAAGCCGUUUGCUUGUGACAUGUGUGACAUGCGCUUCAUUCAGAGGUACCAUCUGGAGAGACACAAGCGUGUUCACAGUGGUGAAAAGCCUUACCAGUGUGAGCGCUGCCAACAGAGCUUCUCGCGGACAGACAGACUGUUGAGGCACCGGCGACUGUGUCAGGGUCGUGGCGUGGCUAAAGUGGAGGCCCAGCCGUGCUCUUUCACCCAGGAUCCCCCCGCAGCUCCUCCGUCCACAUGGAGUCCUCUCCAUCCCGCCCCGGGACGCCUCGCUGUCUGACACCGUCCUCUUUAGACGACAGCACACCCAGACCUCUCUCAGAUCCACUGGCACCGUGGCUCCACCUGCUGACAGAGAGAUGAGCUACAGACAGGAUGAGCCGAAAUCCUCCUCUUUUGUUUCUUUAUAUAGAAACAAACAAGGUUGUUUGAACAUUGAGGGUUGUUUUAUACUUUUUGUUAAUAUAUUGUGGGGUACUUUUAAAAGGUGAGGAACAAAAACACACACCUAACAUGGGAAUUUCAUGUUACUAACCAAAAACCAAAACCAUAAAAAAGGUACAACCCAUCAUCUAUUGACUGACAUAUAUGGAUACACACUUCAUGUAAGAUGUAACAGCAUCGUGUGAUGUAGAGGCCUGCUGUAAAGUGCUAAGGGUUAAUACUCUGUCCUGAGGACGCAGGUAAUGCCCUACUACCAUCCAGACAUCUGUUUGUUACACAUCAUAUGGACAUGCACAGUGUGGUUCAAGACAUUAAUUCAUUAAGCAUUCACAGGCUUUUUCUCAAUGAUAAAUGUUUGAUCUAAUAUUGUAACUAUGUAUGAAUAUUGCUCUGUGUAACAGCUGGUUUGUUCUCUGGUGGAAAUGAGUUCUGCUCACUGGAGGAGUCCCUUUCUCUGCCUCUAAUGACUGGUCAAAUCUCACAAGAGCUGUCAAGGCCAUGUUCUGCCUGUCACUGGUCCUCACAAUCACAAAUUGUGCAUCAAGAAAAUGAGGUCUAUUUUAUGCCAUUACGUUUUUCAUUUAUGAACCUUUAGCCAAUUUCACUGAUGUUCUUAAUAGCAUACAAAAUUGUGUUUUUGGAUGUACAUUAAAAUAAUAUAUUUAAUUUUGUUUUACUGACUUUAUAUGGGCAAUGGGAAUCAUCGUGGUUGCAUUACGUAAUGAGAACCGAAGGAGUAAAAUGUGAUAAAAUAGUAGUGCGUAAUUUUAGGCUUCAUUUUCUGAAUGCUAAAUGUGUUUUUCUUUUCUGAUUUUGGAGUGAUAUAUGGCUGAGAUAUGUUUUUGUGAGAUUUAUUCAAGUAUUGGCUCCACUGUUAAUGCAUCUACAUGGUAAAUGUCAAUUUCAUGUACAGAUUCAUAUGUGCAACAUAUAAUAAGAUCUUGUGGCUUUAGGAUGUUUAAGUUUUUUUUUUUUUUUUUUUUUUUUUGCACAAUAAUAAUUAUAUACAUUUUAUUUUAUUGAAAUGUUGACAUGAGGACAGAUAGUCUGCCUGUUUUCUCUCCAAAGUCAUUUAUAACAUUAUAUUGCCUUGUGUUCUAUCACAGAUGUGUUAAUCUCUAUUGAUCUAGUGUUGUUGUUUUAAAGUGGAGGUUUCCAGAGUGGUAUAGCAGUGUUGUCUUAUGCAUAGGUUUGCGUUCCUGUGAAUCUGAAUAUGCAAUCCUUCAGGACACACGGGACACUAACGGAGGACGAGGGCAGAGGUCUGAUGUUAUUGUGUCAUCAAAUGAUAGUCUUUUUCAGUUUAUUAACUUCUCAUUCUAUCUUUAACAUGAUAUCUACUGUUUGACGAGAGUAUCGUCUGUAUUGUUUAAGUGCUGAUGGACGGUUAGGGAUUUAAUUGGGCAUUUCCUUGCAUCAGAAUGCUUUCUGGUGUUAGUAUCUGGCAACUACAAAGAGAGUAUAUCUUUAGAGGGAUGUCUGCUGUUUAUUGACAAAGGAUUGCUGCAUUUCAAUGUAAUGACUGAAUAUUUUUCUUUGUAAUGUUACAUGUUUAUAUACUGUAACUGAAUUGGUUUAAACUUUUAGUUCUACAGCAACAAGCUUUGUGUAUUUUAAGUACCUUUUUAUGCUAAUAUAAUUCUAAAACACUGGA